AUGGCGCCCUCGUGUGGCUCUAUCAGGCGCGUGCAGAUAGUGCCCCCCCUGCUGGUGACUCGGCAGGACACUGGGCCAUGGAGACGCUGCUUCCACAACUUUCCUGUUGUCCGUGACACGCUGCGUAUUUUUAGAUGUUGUUGUCAUCGUUCCGUAACAGCCACAGAGGCGUUCGCUAUAAAGGACUCCAACAAGAUGCAGUUGUACAACAGUGUGCUGACACACUACCCUAAGGCCACCCGGAAAGUCACAAUAACUUUAAGGACAGCGCCCGAGCGUCAGACCGAGAACUCUUCCUCUGAACUCGGCUCCAGUGGAUUCAGCUUCCAAGCGCCUUCAACUUCUACGACCAACAGGGCGCAACAAGAGGGUGCGUCUUCCGCCAACAUGCCUGCUGCCUUUUCGUGCUACGAAGCCUCAUCCAUGAGGCCUCUGUACUUCACUUCCACUGCUGAGAUCCUCAUACGCAGAGCGGAUGGGCUGGAGAGGCCUGUGUCGGUUCAUAUUGUGCGGGACUCUAAAUCAAAGUCCCCGUGUCCUAGUCCUGUUGAGCAUAAUGGCAGCUCACACUACAGACACUCGGACGUGUUUGAGGACAUCAUGGAUCACCUGCGCCACGGGUUGGAGUCAGAGCAGCUUCCACCUGAGAGCUCGGACCUCACAAGUGUGUGUCUGCCCUCAACAGAAGAACAGGAGAGGAGCAGUCCCCCUCACGGUGACAUGGAGGCCCCCAGCAGGAUCAAUGGGUGGUCUUCUACACAUGAGGAGGAGAUGACCAGAGGAGCAGAAGAACCAGAGCAUGUCCGAACACAGGAGGACCCCCCCUCACAGAAAGGGGACAUCAACACCAAAGUCCAGAGAUACCUGGCAGAGGUGGAGAGACAGAACAAGUACCUGGAGGAACGCAACAAGUUCAGGUACCACAUCAUCCCGGAUGGAAACUGCCUGUACAGAGCAGUGUGUAAGGCUGUGUUUGGAGAGCAGGCCCGGCACAGUGAGCUCAGGGAGCAGACCAUGCACCACAUCGCAGACCACCUGGAUCAGUUUAACCCCAUAAUCGAGGGGGAUGUAUGUGAGUUUCUCCUGAGCGCAGCGCAGGACGGUGCCUGGGCUGGAUACCCAGAGCUCCUGGCCAUGAGUCAAAUGCUGAAUGUAAAUGUGCAGCUGACCACUGGAGGCAGCUUAGAGAGCCCCACUGUGUCCACCAUGCAGCACUAUCUGGGAGAGGAGGAUGUAAGCUCACCCGAGAUCUGGCUGAGCUGGCUGAGUAAUGGUCAUUAUGAUGCUCUCCUGGACACGUGUGCACCAAACCCAGAGUAUGAAGAGUGGUGCCGUCACUCACAGAUGCAGAGGAAGAGAGACGAGGAGCUGGCCAAGUCAAUGGCUGUGUCUCUGUCCAAAAUGUACAUUGAACAGAAUGGGGAGAGUGGCAACUGUGCUGAGGGCAGAGGGCAUGUGACGCGCAGGCUCGCCGCAGUAUGGCUCGGGUCUGCGGCUGGAGGAGCACCGGAGACAGACGGAGGGUCAGUGACGGCAUCACACGCUCCACAUGCGCCUCCAGCACAGCGACACACGCGCGUCUGUUGGUGUUUGUGA